UCUGAAUCUUCUCACCCAUUUUUUUGUAAGGGAGAUUAUUUCUAGUUCUUUGUGUUUGUCUUUGUGUUCUUUUCCUCUUUGGGGUCUUCUUAGUUCUGUUAUUCCUCCUAAUAUUAAGUUUUAGUGAGGCUACUCAUUUUAGGUGCCAUUUGUUCUCGUGUUAAUUGCUACUGUUGAAUGAGCUUUCUUUGAUGUCUUUGGCUGUUGGAGUUGCUUCAAGUUCCAAAAGUAUGGGUUUUGAUGAUAACAAGAAGGACGGUAAGGAGGACACUAGAGUUUCAGAAGCUAAUAAAACACCUACAGAUCCAGAGGUUGAGGAUGAGCCAGAUAAGGUUAGCAGGCAGAUGAGUGAAACUUCUCUAUAUACAACUGAUCAGGAGGAGGAGGAGGAGGAGGAGGAUGUUGAAGGGAAAAUACAGUUGGGUCCUCAGUGCACUCUCAAAGAACAAUGGGAGAAAGAUAAGGAUGAUGAGAGCUUGAGGAGGUGGAAGGAACAACUUCUUGGCAGCGUUGAUAUCCAUUCUGUUGGAGAAACUUUGGAUCCAGAAGUUAAGAUCUUGAGCCUUGCCAUUAAAUCUCCUGGUAGACCUGAUAUUUUUCUUCCAAUUCCUGAGAAUGGAAAUCCCAAAGGCCCAUGGUUUACAUUGAAAGAAGGUAGCCGUUACAGCCUAAAGUUCACUUUCGAGGUCAGCAAUAACAUAGUAUCAGGGUUCAAAUAUACAAAUACGGUUUGGAAAACUGGUAUUAAAGUGGACAGCACAAAAGAAAUGAUAGGAACUUUCAGUCCUCAGUUAGAGCCUUACACACAUGAAAUGCCAGAAGAAACCACCCCUUCUGGGAUUUUUGCUAGAGGACCUUAUUCAGCUAGAACAAAGUUCCUUGAUGAUGACAACAAGUGCUACUUGCAGAUCAACUACACUUUUGAUAUUCGGAAAGAUUGGCAUUCUGCAACGUAAAUUGAGACAUGAAUGCCUGUAGUGCUGUUUAUUUGCCCUGUCCUCUUUUCCAGUCUUGAUUUUCAAUGUCAAUCUUGCCUGAAUUUGUUCCCAAAAAAUGCCAAAAGAAGAAAAAAAGAAAAGAAAAGAAAAGAAA